AUGGCGUUUGCUGUUUUGAACCGUGGCAAAGAUGCGUCCAGGGAAUUGGUUGACGUGGUACUAACAUUUAGUUCUGUCUUUGAGUAUGACAAGGAGUUCACGCCUCACCAGCGGCACCACAAGGAGUUCAAAUUUAAUUUGUCCCAGAUUCCUGAGGGCGAGGCUGUCACAGCUGCUGAGUUUCGGAUCUACAAGGACUGUGUUGUGGGGAGCUUUAAAAACCAAACCUUCCUUAUCAGCAUCUACCAAGUGCUGCAGGAACAUCAGAACAGGGCCUCUGACCUGUUUCUGCUGGAUACACGGGUGGUGUGGGCCUCAGAGGAGGGCUGGCUGGAGUUUGAUGUCACUGCCACCAGUAACAUGUGGGUGAUGAACCCUCAGCACAACAUGGGACUGCAGCUGAGCGUGGUGACCCGGGAUGGUUUCAGCGUAAAUCCUAGAGAAGCAGGUCUUAUAGGCCGAGAUGGCCCUUACGACAAACAGCCUUUCAUGGUGGCCUUCUUCAAAGUAAGUGAAGUUCACGUACGGACCACUAGGUCAGCGACGAGCAGGCGCAGGCAACAGAGUCGAAACCGCUCCACUCAGGCUCAGGAUGUUUCCAGGGUGUCUAGUGUCACAGCCGAUUACAACAGCAGUGACUUAAAAACAGCGUGCAGAAAGCAUGAGCUUUAUGUUAGCUUCCAAGACUUGGGAUGGCAGGACUGGAUAAUCGCUCCAAAGGGCUACGCAGCCAACUACUGUGAUGGGGAGUGCUCAUUUCCACUCAACGCCCAUAUGAACGCAACCAAUCAUGCCAUUGUACAAACUCUGGUUCAUCUGAUGAAUCCUGAUUAUGUUCCCAAACCAUGCUGCGCACCUACCAAACUAAAUGCCAUAUCGGUUCUUUAUUUUGAUGAUAAUUCUAAUGUUAUCUUGAAGAAGUACAGGAAUAUGGUAGUAAGAGCUUGUGGAUGUCACUGA